ACACGAGUAUCGCGUCGUCAGUCUGAGGACAGCGAUCACCAAGGCGCGACGGGCAACGUAGGCCCCCCGCAGGCGCGAAGGUGCGCGGUGACGAGUGCUCUCGUCUCGUUGUGUCCACUCGCGGGCCGCCCUGGUAGAGGAGCACACCGUGCUCGGCGUUGUGGACAAACUGCCGAGCUGCUGCUUCUGCUGCGUACACACACUGUCGGUGUGCGGCUCUUCGAUGACGGGACCGGCGGACGCAGCUCGUGACGCAGCCCGGUGUGGGGCCGGGGGCUGACGACAGUGAUCCUGCCAUGGACACGGAGCACCUAUUCGAGCACCUCGUCAUGGAGCAGGACGCUGACGAGGACCCGGCCGCCAGCGCCUGCGGGACGGGCAGCGGCAGCGGCAGCAUCGGCAGCAGCUCGGUGGACUCGGACACCCCGCGGGGCGUGACGCUGUCGUGGAGGGACCUGACCGUGUUCGCCACGGCCCGGGGCGCGCCCUGCAAGCGCAUCAUCAAGCACGUGAGCGGCGCGGUCCGGCCCGGCGCCCUGGUGGCCGUCAUGGGCGCGAGCGGCGCUGGCAAGAGCACGCUCAUGACGGCGCUCGCGCACCGCAGCCCGGCCGGCGUCGCCGUCAGGGGCGACAUCCGCGUCGACGGCCGCCCCGUCGGCGACUUCAUGCGCCGGCUGUCGGGCUUCCUGCACCAGGAGGACCUGUUCGUCGCGGAGCUAACGGUGCGCGAGCACCUCAACUUCAUGGCGCGGAUGCGACUCGACCGGCGCACCAGCUGCUGGGAGCGGCAGCGCAAGGUCCAGCAGCUGCUGCGCCAGCUAGGGCUGACGGCGUCGCAGCACACGCGCAUCGGCACCCCCGGCCACGACAAGGUCAUCUCCGGCGGGGAGCGCAAGAGGCUGGCCUUCGCCACGGAGCUGCUCACGGAGCCGCCGCUGCUGUUCUGCGACGAGCCCACCACGGGGCUGGACUCGUACUCGGCGCAGCAGCUGGUGGACCUGAUGCAGCGCAUGACCGAGCGGCCCCGCGGCCGCGGCAAGACCAUCCUGUGCACCAUCCACCAGCCGUCCUCGGACCUGCUGGCUCGCUUCCACCGCAUCAUGCUGGUCGCAGACGGCAGGAUCGCCUUCAUCGGCACGCCCGAGGACGCGCUGCUGUUCUUCCGCGAGCAGGGCUACGUGUGCCCCGCCAGCUACAACCCGGCCGACUUCUUCAUCCGCACGCUCGCCUGCAUGCCCGGGUCGGAGGAGGCCUCCAAGGCCGCCGUCAGGAAGAUCUGCGACCGCUUCGCCGUGUCGGACCACGCCAGGAAGAUGGAGAUGGAGGUGAUGCAGACUGAAAGCGGAACCUACCCGGCGUUUGUUGUUCAGCCAGCAGCCUCCGGUGGAGCCGCCAUGUGGCCGCAGAAGCUGUGGCUCCUGACGGGCCGCGCCAUGCUGCAGGUCGCCAGGGAUCCCUCAAUCCAGGGGAUGCGGCUCCUCCAGAAAUUGGCGAUCGCGGUGAUGGCCGGCCUGUGCUUCCUUGGCACGGUCUCGGUGUCGCAGACGGGCGUGAUGUCGGUGCAGGGCGCCCUGUUCAUUCUGGUGUCGGAGAACACCUUCUCGCCGAUGUACUCGGUGCUGGGCGUCUUCCCGUCGGAGCUGCCCCUGUACCUCCGCGAGCACAGCGCCGGCCUGUACGGGCCCGGCGCCUUCUACAUGUCCAAGGUCCUCUCUAUGCUGCCCGGCCUGGUGGUUGAGCCGCUGAUCUUCGCGGUGCUGGCCUACUGGCUGGCCGGUCUCCGCGACGACCUCUACGCCUUCGGCAUGACGGCGGCCAUCGUCAUCCUCACCAUGAACGUCUCGACGGCCUGCGGCUUCUUCUUCUCGGCCGCCUUCGAGUCGGUGCCGACUGCCAUGGCGUACCUCGUGCCGUUCGACUACGUCCUCAUGAUCACCUCGGGCGUGUUCGUCAAGCUCAGCACGCUGCCGUCGUACGUGUCGUGGACCCAGUACCUGUCCUGGCUCAUGUACUCCAACGAGGCCAUGAGCAUCCUGCAGUGGCAGGGCGUCGGCAACAUCACCUGCCCGGACGCGACGCUGCCCUGCCUCCAGGACGGCGAUCACGUCCUGGACCACUACUCGUUCGACGCGACGCACCUGUCGAGGAACAUCAUCGCCAUGGGCGCGCUGUACGCCCUCUUCCACGCGCUGGGCCUGCUGUGCCUCUGGCGCCGGGUCAGGCGACUCCAGUGAACCCCACCCGCUUGUGGUUGACAAUUAUUUGUAUUACUCUGUACCGCGAAUCCCGUUUUGUGUACUCCCGCGCUUCUCCUCACCGACCAAAAUGUUCUGCCACUAAAGAUUUUGUACUACGCGAA